AUGGAUCUAGUUAACCAUUUAACAGAUAGAUUGCUUUUUGCAAUUCCAAAGAAAGGACGUCUUUAUGAGAAAUGUGUAUCGAUUUUGAAAGGUUCUGAUAUUAAAUUUCACAGAUCACAAAGGUUGGAUAUUGCACUAUCAACCAAUUUACCAGUGGCAUUGAUCUUUUUGCCAGCAGCAGAUAUCCCCAUGUUCGUUGGUGAAGGUAAAUGUGAUUUGGGUAUUACCGGUGUAGACCAAGUUCGUGAGGCUGAUAUGGACGUUGAAUUGCCAAUUGAUUUACAGUUUGGUAAUUGUAAAUUACAAGUCCAAGUUCCCGAGAAAGGUGAUAUCCGUGAUCCAAAACAACUAAUUGGUAAGACCAUCGUCUCUAGUUUCACCAAUUUGACCUCUAAAUAUUUCGCCGAAUUGGAAGGCACCACUGUGGACAAGAUGACCACCAAUAUAAGAUACGUUGGAGGUUCAGUCGAAGCUUCAUGUGCUCUAGGGAUCGCAGAUGCGAUUGUUGACCUGGUUGAGAGUGGCGAAACCAUGCGUGCUGCAGGUCUUACCGAUAUCGCCACUGUUCUCGAGACCAGUGCCUACCUGAUCGAGAGUAAAAACCCAAAGAGCGACCCAGAACUGAUCGCCACUCUUAAAUCGAGAAUCGAAGGUGUCAUGACCGCACAAAAGUACGUCUGUUGUAACUAUAAUGCACCAGAGGGUCAACUCGCGCAACUGCUGCCCAUCACCCCCGGCAGAAGAGCCCCAACGAUCUCCAGGAUCGACGAUGAGGGCUGGGUCUGCGUGUCUUCCAUGGUUGAGAGGUCCAAGAAGGGCGCAGUCAUGGAUGAGCUUAAGAAGAACGGCGCAGAAGACAUCAUGGUCUUCGAGAUCUCCAACUGUCGUGUCUAG